AAUUGUGGUGAAUGCACCAAGUGCUGUAUCUGCUAAGUCUGCAAAGUCAGCUAGGACCAAUGCAUCAGACAAAUCGAACUGCAUUUACUGCUCCAAACCAAAAGAUAGUACAACUUCUGAAGUGACUGAGAGACCUAAAAGCAACAUGUCCAACGUGUCUUCCCAUCUACAAGUCAAAGGACAAAAGGACAAAAACAAUAAGGAUGACGCCAAAAGUGACAAAGGGAGUGACAUUUCAAGAAAGACAAACAGGUCAAAUAAGACUGCCACUAGAGAUUACGUGGACACUCCCAGACCUAACUCUGUUGCAUCAGAGAGUUAUCUCACUCCUUCCCCACCAGACUGCCCACCAACCCCCAGAAAAAUCAAACGACCUGUUAUUUUACUUGGUGGCUCGAGUGACAGUAAUAAGUCACAUGCAGCAUAUCCAGUGGAAGAGAACUCUAACAUCUCAUGCAAUGGCCCCUUGGAAGUGACAGACAGGAAUGUCAGCGACAACAAAAGUGACAAGAGUGUCAAGUGCAAACAGAGGAAAGGGGUUCCCUUACUCAGUUUCUCCCGACAGUUGCUGGAAGGAGAAGUCUCUGAGCUGGUUCCCUCCAAUCUACCAAACGCCUCUCCAACAGAGGUGGUGAAUGAGUGGCUUAAGAAAAUACCGUCUGACAGUGCGAUGUACGACAUUGGGGAUGAAUUCAUUGACAGAGGCCAUUCACCAGAAGAACUACCGCAAAAGGAAAAACCAAAACAGGAUAUUGACGCUGAGUGUGAAACUCAAAACGGAAAAAAGGAAGAGCUCAAAGAGACAGUGGUCAACCGUGUGACUGACAGUGAGGAGCCAGUGGAGACCCCACCAGAGACCCCACCAGAGACCCCACCAGAAGACACUCACCCCUGCACCGCUCCACAGGAAGAGGUAUCAAAGAGCUUUCACUCCUCAGUUCAGGUGAUGAAAGUCCUGUUGAAUCCCAAGCUUGAUCGGUGUAACAGUUUACCUGAAGUUUCCCCAGUGUACGGACGUAAACUGAGCACCUCAGCCAGAGGUCUCCUGGAUUGCCUUGCAAAGCUGCAGUUGAUAGACUUUGAUCCCAACUACAAUGCAAACGCCAAGGACACAAGGUACAGAGAGCUAAUGAACAUCCUCCAGUCCCUCUGGUUGUGUGACCCAGCAGAAGGUGGAAAGUCAGAGCAGAAUGGCUGUGAUCAACACUCUGUGGACGGUGAUGGGAAAGCAAGGUCGUCCUCUGGGGUGGAUGUCAGCAGUGGCUCAACAGGCUCAGGUAAGAGUUCAGGCCGUGUGGCUCAGGCAACGAACGCAGAGGGGGAAGCGUUGGUGAAGGUACAAGAAGUUGAUGAAAUGGCACAGAAAGAUGAAAGCCCAGAAUCCUCAGCACCAAUGUCUGAUCCAGCCACUCCGGACAUAGCCAGUCGGGUCCAAUGGACCCCCGAAGAAGGAGGAGAAGGAGCAAUAGCAGUGGAUGAAGAGAAACAAAAAGAUGAAGACGUCCCGGAGUCUGAUGACACCAUUAGAAAUGAAAGUCUGAGAGAAUUACCAGAAACACCCCCGUCUUCCAAUAAGAGCUCAGACCCUCGAGAGGACACAAGCUCUGGCUCUCCUCCAUCUGUCCAAAGGGCACAACUAGCCAAAAAGGUUUCCCUGGAUCCUGAUCCUGUCUGGGUCUUGAAGUUACUAAACAAACUAGAGAAGCAGUUCAUGACACAUUAUAUGGAUGCCAUGGCUGAGUUCAAGGUUCGCUGGAACUUGGACAACAACGAACAGCUCAAUGCCAUGAUAGCUGAACUGAAAGACGAUGUGAGGAAGAGAAUACAACUAAGCAUCGACAGGGAACUGAGGAAGAUCCACGGUCGGGCUGGAAGACCAAGACCACCCAAAGAAGCCUUGUCACGAGAAUCAAAUGCACAAACAGAGACAAGGCGAAGAAGACUGAAAGUUGUGCGUGACCAGUCCAUUGAUAACCGGGUUGAUAAAAGUGAGGAUGCAACCUGCACUUCCUUCAGUGACCAACGGAGUGAUGAUGAAUAUUGCCCUUGUGAAGCAUGUUUACAAAAGAAAAUGGAAUUGGGGCCACUGCUUCCUGCAGAAGUCCUGCAUACUGCACCAGUCAUGAUGGCUUUUGAUCUAAAGUCAAUUCUUCAGUUGAAAAGGGAACCUACUCCUAAGACACAAGAAGCUGAUGUUACAGAUGACACUGAAAUGGUGGUAGUGAAAGCUGGCAUUGCACAUGCUUUUGAUUUAAAGUCAAUUCUCCAGUUGAAAAAGGACAGUCCACCACAGAUACAAGUAGAAGUCAAUGUUGCAGAUGAGACUGAAGGUAUGGAUGAAGCCAAAGCAGCGGAAACUCUUGUUGAAAAUGUUAUCAAUGGGGCGAAGAAGGAGAUGAAGGAAUCACAACAAAAAGAUGCUGAAAUGGGUGACAAAGCUGAGACAGCAGAAUCUGAUGUAGAAGUGACAGCUGAAGGUGAAGCAAUAGAAGAGGGGGAAGCUGAAACAGAUACUGCUGAAAAUGAAGCAGAUGAAGAAGAAACUGAGGAAGCUGAGACAGCAGCUGAGGAAGCAGAGGGAAAGGAGGUGGAUGCUGAAUCAAAGAAUACUGAAGCUGAGAUAGAGGAAGCAGAAGAGAGUGGUAAAGCAGAGGCAGCAGUGUGUUGUGAAGCCGGGGAAGAGGAGGAUGUCGAAGCAGAGACAGCUGAAGAUGAAACAUUGGAAGAAGAAACUUCUGAAGCAGAAACAGCAGCUAAUAAUGAAGCGUCAGGAGAAGAGGAAGAAGCUGAAGUAGAAACAGCAGAAGCUGAGACAGCAGAAGAUGAAGCGGGAGAAGAAGAAACUGCUGAAGGAGAGACCGUAGCUGAUGACGAAACAGCAGGAGAAGAAGAGGCAGCUGAAGGAGAGACCGUAGCUGAUGACGAAACAGCAGGAGAAGAAGAAACUGCUGAAGGAGAGACCGUAGCUGAUGACGAAACAGCAGGAGAAGAAGAGGCAGCUGAAGGAGAGACCGUAGCUGAUGACGAAACAGCAGGAGAAGAAGAAACUGCUGAAGGAGAGACCGUAGCUGAUGACGAAACAGCAGGAGAAGAAGAGGCAGCUGAAGAAGACACUGCGGGAGAGGAAGAAGUUGAAGUAGAAACAGGAAAAGAUGAAGAUGCAGAAGAAGAAACUGAUAAAGUUAUAGCAGCAGGAUCAACGCCAGGAGAAGAGGAGAGCACUGAAGCAGCUGAUAGUAAAAUGUCAGGAAAGGAGGAAUCUGAAGCUGAAACUGCAGAGGCAGAGACAGCUGAUGUAACAGCAGAAGAAGAUGAGACUGCGGAAGUAGAGGCAGCUGAAGAGGAGACUGCAGGAGACGAGGAGAGUGCUGAGGCAGAGACAGCGGGAGAUGAAGCAGGAGAGGAGGAGACUGCUGAGGCAGAGACUACAGAUGAUGGAACAGCAGGAGAAGAGACUGCUGAAGUAGAAUCAGCUGAAGAGGAGACUGCAGGAGACGAGGAGAGUGCUGAGGCAGAGACAUCCGGAGAUGAAGCAGGAGAGGAGGAGACUGCUGAGGCAGAGACUGCAGAUGAUGGAACAAGAGGAGAAGAGACUGCUGAAGUUGAAGAAGCUGAAGGGAAGAAUGCAGGAGAGGAAGAGAGUGCUGAAGCUGAAACAGCUGGAGAUGUAACUGCCAAAGAAGAGGAGGAUGCUGAAGUAGAGACAGCCGACGAGGAAACUGCAGAAGCUGAAACAGUUGAAAAUGAAACAGUUGAAAGGGAGGAGGAUGCUGAAUCUGAGGCAGCAGAAGAGGAAGCUGCCAGAGACGAAGACACAGUGGAGGCAGAGGCAGAAACCAAUGAUGAUGCAGUAGGAGAAGAGGAGAUUUCUAAAGCUGAGACUGCAGACGGUGAGACACCUGGAGAAGAUGAAACCACAGGGCACGAGUCCUCAGAAAAUGAAACAACUGGCGAUGAGUCGGCCGAAAUUGAAACAACUGGAGACGAAUCGGCACCAGCUGAAACUGCAGGAGAAGGGACAGCAGACGAUGAAACAGCAGGAGAGGAGGAGAGUGCUGAAGCUGAAACAGCUGAGGGAGAAGAGCAGACAGCCGGAGAUGAAACUGGAAGAGAUGAGAAUGAAAACGCGGGAGAAGAAUCGUCAGAAGCUGAGGCAUUUGAAGACGAAGCAGCAAGUAAAAGAGCUGAGGAGAAUGUAGAAAAGGGGGAGGAUGAAACAGCAGAGGAUAAAGAGCCUGUAGUUGAAUCAAACAUUGAGGAGACGGAUUGUCAUGAUGACGUAUCGGAGAUAAAAGCAGACGACGAGGCGGAGGAGGGAGAAACGACAGACCAAGAUAUGGUUCCGGAGGAGACAGGAACAGAACAAGAAGAUGAUACAAAUGCAGGAGACAAUGUAGGAAACGAGGCAGAAGAAGCAAAGACAAACAAAUUAAACGCAGAAAAUGGAAGCCAAGACCAAGCCGAGAACGUUGUAGGGAGGUCUGAAAAAGAUGAAGAAGUGGAAACUACAGAGGGCAAUGAGACAGCCAAUGAAGAGGAUUGCUGCGGAAACUUUGGGUACUCAGCCGACGGAGAGGAUGAAGCUGAGGAUGAGUUGGAAAUAUCAACAGAUGAGGGAGAACAAUCAGAGGGGCCAGCGGGUCUCCUCCUCGGGGAGGACAGCAUGAAGGAAACUGUUGAGGAAACUCCAAUGACCUCAUUCGAUGCCUUGGCCAGAGCAGAGUACUCUGAAGACAGUGCUUACGCCGAUGUUGAGGAUUCAGAGACUGACGGUAACAACGAGGAGUCAGAGGCACAAGAGGACAAACCAGAAGAGGAGGAGGUUGAUAUCUCAGCAGAGGCUCAGGCUGAGCUUCAUGUUGAAGAGACUCCAGUUGAGGAGCUGCAGGAGGAGGAGAAGGAGGAGGAGACUCCAGUUGAAGAGACUCCUGUUGAGGAGUUGCAGGAGGAAGUGGAGGAGGAAGCUGAGGAGAUGGAAGAAGUUGAGAUGGAGGAAGUUGAGGAGACUCCUAUUGAGGAGCUGAAGGAAGAAGCUGAGGAGGAGCAGGCUGAAGUGGAGGAGGAGGCUGAGGAGGAUGCAGCUGAAGAUGAUGCUGCUGAGGAGGAGCAGGCUGAAGUGGAGGAGGAGGCUGAGGAGGAUGCAGCUGAAGAUGAUGCUGCUGAGGAGGAGCAGGAAGAAGUUGAGGAGCAGCAGGAAGCAGCUGAUGAGGAAACUACUGAAAAUGAGGCUUCUGAUGAGGAAGAGCAGGAGGAAGGGGUGGAGGAGCCGGAAGCUGAAGAGAUUGAGGAAGCUGAAGAAGAUACUGCUGAAAACGAUGAUGCUGUUGAGGAAGAUCCAGCUGAUGAGGGGGGUGGCAUCACAAGCAAAGGACAGUCUGAAGACGACAGUGAUAGUGGUGGACCUUCCGGGACAUCUAAUAAAAGCCUACGUGGUCAACCCACCAAGUCUUCCAUGGAAUCACAACCAGGCUCACUGGACAAAGUCCUGGAUGAAGAGGCAGAGACAAAAUCCAACAGCGAGAAGAGUUCACAGAUAGGUUCAGGGGAAAGGUCGGGCCACCACCUCUCUGUGAAGAGCAACCAGAUGUACCCUACAGACACAGAGGACGAAAGCAGGGUGUCAGAAUGCACAGAGGCAGUCAGCGAAGUCCUCGAGCGACAAGUCAUUCACCCAAAGAAGAAGACUCCGAAGAAGUCUCCAGCAAGAUCUGUAAAGUCAAGCAAAGGCCAAGUAAAGUGACAUUGAUUAAUACGAUAUUGAUUUCUAAAACUUCACAACUACUGCUGCUGCUUAGUAAUAACUUAAUCAAAUAAUGACCAAAGCACUUUAUUUCAAUAAAGUUUCAAUAAACUCGUCACAUGACAGAGGACAGUUAAGAAAAAGAGAUGUUUUAAAACUUGAAAUAUGCACGCUGAAAUUAGUGGUAAUUCUCUGUUAAAUUCACACAACAGAAAAUAUAUGUUUUUUUCUGGAAGAUUAUUGACAUUUCUUUUUUACAAACAUUGUUUUACAUUUAUUAGUGCAAUAAUCAUAUACAACUGUAAUGAAUAGAAUCAAGAAUUAUUCAAAUAAAUGUUUCAACUCAGUUAAAAAGCCCUAAGGAGUUUUGCAAGUAAUGAACUACAAAAUGAGCAAUAGUUAUAUACAAUAUGCAUUGUAUAUGUGAAACUUGAAUGUAAAAAGAACAAUAAAUAUAUUUUGUUGAUAUUUUAGGAUAAUAUAUAUAUUACAUUUUUUGGCAACAUUCUUUGUUGCCUGUCUAUGAACAAAUCUCAGGUAGUUGGAAUCUAUACAUUCAAAUGUACGUAUGUAUGAAAGAGAUCAUAUACAAUACCAGUCAAAGGUAAUAGUGAAGACAUCCAAACUAUGAAAUAACACAUUUUAUGGAAUCAUGUA